CAAAAGGGGGGAGGGAGAGGAAGACGAGGCAUUCAGACAAAGCGUCCUACAUUGGCUCCAGUCAUCACUGAGAAGUUCGUCAUCGGCAAACCUGGCCUUCACUUUUGUUUUUUUGCACAAAAACGAAAGGAGAAGAAAGACAUAGGGUGAAAGAGAGAGAGAGAUGAAAAAGAAAAAAGUUCCUGUCACUGCCGGAUGCUACCUUAGAGCUGACCGUGCCUUUGAUGGUACCUGCUGUUAAGCUGGCUGAAGAGAGGGGCGUCACCUGGACAAAAAAAUAACAGAUCUACCUCAUGAUGGUGUCCAUGCCAGCUGCCAAUUCCUUCAUUUCAUAGCUUGCUGCAUCCUUCAUCUGGUGAAUGGCUUACUGAGACACUGGAACCUGGCACUGAUCUCUCUGCUUUGGCUAAUUUGAAUUUGUUUUGACUGAACUCACUCUGCUAAUGAUCAUCCUCCUUUCUGUAUCCCUUUGGUACUGGUCACAGUCUGCACAGGGAUUCACUGUUGGUGCUGGGACUCAUUUAAAUACUUAGUAAGUAUUGCAACAGACUAUUAGGGAAGCCAGUUCAACUUGACAUCGCUGUCUGCCUGUUUCCAAGGUCAAAGUAACUGUCUAUGCAUGGUUUGCUGGUGUAAAAAGUGGGAUAUAAGAAGGGGAGAUCACAGGGAGUGCAUUAGUGGAGUCCAUGGCGUCUUUGCUGAUGAAGUUGUUUAAAUUCCGAGGAGAAAAAAAAAAAAUAAAAAACUAUGAGAAUGUCCAACGUGAUGAAGACCCUCAGUUAGAAUGGGAGACAUUGGGUGAGCUGGGAGAUGGAGCCUUUGGGAAAGUCUACAAGGUGCGCAAAAAGUCAUCAGGAGUCCUGGCAGCUGCCAAAGUGAUUGAGGUGAAAAGUGAAGAAGAGCUAGAGGACCAUGUCAUAGAAAUUGAUAUCCUGGCACUGUGUUGUUACAGUAACAUCGUCAAAUUGUUGGGUGCACUCUUUUUUGAAAGCAAGCUUUGGAUUAUGAUUGAGUUUUGUCCAGGAGGAGCAUUAGAUGCAAUAAUGUUGGAGCUGGAAAGAGGGUUAAGUGAGCCUCAGAUUCAAGUGGUGUGCCAGCAGACCCUCCAGGCCCUGGACUACAUUCACAACAACAAGAUCAUCCAUCGAGACCUGAAAGCAGGAAACAUCUUACUCACCUUGGAAGGAGAUGUUAAACUAGCUGAUUUUGGGGUGUCAGCUAAAAAUGCCAGCACUUUCCAAAAAAGAGCUACAUUCAUUGGCACCCCCUACUGGAUGGCCCCCGAGGUGAUCCAGUGUGAGACAUCAAAAGAUAUUCCUUACACUACCAAGGCUGACAUCUGGUCCCUGGGGAUCACUCUAAUUGAGGCAGCAGAAAUGGAGCCACCAUUCCAUGAGCUCAACCCCAUGAGAGUGCUGUUGAAGAUCACCAAGUCUGAACCCCCAUCCUUGAAACUGCCACAUCUAUGGUCUGCAGAUUUUAAAGACUUCCUGAAGAAAGUACUUCAGAAGAACGCAGACUUGAGGUGGACAGCCAAGCAGCUGCUGGAACACUCCUUUGUGUCCAGUGUGAAUGGGAAUGGACCUCUCCUAGAGCUCAUUGCUGAGGCCAAAGCUGAGGUGAUGGAAGAAUUUGAAGAAGAGGAGCAGUGUGAGGAAGAGGCGGAUGAUACCCUUAUCACUUCCAACUGUGAGCCUUGUGUCGCUAAUCUCAGAGAUGAAAGUCUUGAAGAAUCCUUAACAGAGAUGGCAGACCAACAAAACUCUGAGUCCAGUAAAGAUGCUGUGAAUGUUGAAAUGGUCCUGGAGGUGCAGGAUGGCCCAAAAAUCCAAGAAACUGGGACAAUUACCAACCCAUCCGAUGCUGGUUGCACAUGUACAGAUAUGGAGGCCAAACAUUUAGUACUCCUUGACACAGCUGAAACAGAUCAGACAGAACAACAAGAAGAAAAAAAUGAGCCCAGCUUAAAGGAGAGCAAUACGACUCCACAAGAAACUGGCCUUCCAUUGGCAAGUUUAAAGAAGCUGUGGCGGCGUUCAGAUCCCAUAUCCUUCCUGCGAAAGUCUUCGGGAAGAUGGCAGAAAUGCAAAUCUUACUACUGGAAAGCACAUGCUGCUGAAGAAUUGACCUGUAAAAUAGAGGCUGAUGUCCCCGAAAUGAAAGAAAACAUUGGCCAAUACCCAGACAUCUGUAAGGCCACUAUUGAGUUGUCCGAAAUGAAAGAAAACAUUGGCCAAUACCCAGACAUCUGUAAGGCCACUAUUGAGUUGUCCGACCAAGAACAAAGCUACAAAGCUUUACUGCCAGAGACACCAGAGGAGGCCACCCUAACCACUUCAGAGGAAAUAACAGCAGAGUUAAGACCUGGCCAUACAGAUGGCUUAAUGAGCUGCACAAUGCAAGUACCUGAUCAGGUCUCAAAAGAUGAAAGCUCCGAGACAGAGAGUAAAGAGGCACAAACAAAUAAUAAGAUGGAUGACCUUAAUUCUGAGGCCAAUGACCAUGUGCUACAGACAGAAGUCAAAGAAAAAUCCAUUUCUUUAUCCCAAUCAAGCAAUGGAGAAAGCACAGAGGAAACCCCAAGGUCAGCAAUGGAAGAUCCCUCCGUGGUGGUUCAAGAAGAAGGACUACCACAGAGUAGCUGUCCUAUUGGGGAGGCCACUGACAUCCAUGAAGGAAGCUUCACUGCUGAGGGCCAAUGCAUCUCUCAUUCAGACAGAUCUUCCAGUGAGGACAACGCUAAAGAGGAACCAUUGUCUCUGCCUGACAUUUCUUUUGCAAAGCAUGAUUUAAUCUGGACACUGAACAGACUGACUUACCUGAACUUGGCAGUCAAUAAACAAGAUAAAGAUUUGAUGACAGCAUCUAGACAGCAGAGCCAACUUGACUUGGGAGCAAAGGGUGAAAUGAGUAAAAUGAAGGCAACCUGGUAUAGCACAGGCUCGGUAGUGCAGAGAGGACAGACAUCAGAGGAGGCAGUCACACCAGCAAAGAUAAGCAUUCGUAAAAGGGAAAUGGAGGCUGAGUCUGAGCCAGAGAGCAUGGUCACCCAGAAAAAGUUUAAGAAAAGCAAUCAUCAGGAGGAGGAAGAUAAUGAGGAAACACAGGACAACUCAAAGAGCAUGGCUGAAUCUCCAAACAUCUCCAAAGUAACCAAAAGUACUGAAAAUGAUAUCACAGAACUGAUAGACACAUGUGAUCCUACUGACAUUUUAAAUGUUAAAGUAAAUACAGACAGAAUUCCCCUGAAAGUAAAGGAGGCUCAAGAGGAGGAGCAUACAGAUAUACGAGAAACUUGCCUAGAAGAUGGGUCUGGAAAGGGAGAGACGCUGGUUAAAAGAGUGAAUUUUGUCUGUCAGGCUCCAGUCAACAUGGAGAAUGAAGUCCAACUAGAGGAAGAAGAGAAAAACAAAGAAUUUCAGGAAAGGUUCACUGAAAAUGGUCAUUUGGACCCAGAAGGAUCCCACUGCCCUCCUGAAUCAGGAGGGAAAGUAGAAGGACAAAAGGGCCUUGAUGAAAAUGGACACUUCCCUGGGCCCAUGACAGAUGAAUCCGGGCUGUAUCUGAAGAAAACAGCAGUAUCUGAAGCAGUGUCUGAAGGGGAGGGGACAAUACACAGGAAGACUGUGAAGAAGACCCGGAAAUUUGUUGUGAAUGGGAAGGAAGUGAGUGUCACCACCUCCAAAAUUGUCCUUGAAAAUGACAGGAAGGGAGAGCAAAUGAGAUGGAUCAGACGGCAGGAGUUACGUGAGCUUCGAAUGAUGCAGAAAGAGGAGCAGCGAGAGCAGUCACAAAUGGAACAACGCAUGCAGCAACAACGGGAGCAGAUGAUCCGGCACAUUGAGCAAGAGAUGACGAGUAAGAAGCAAUACUAUGACCAUGAAAUUGAGAAGGUGGAGCAAAGUUUCCGGCAGACCAUUGAACGCCUGGAGCAAGAGCAUACUGUAAGGCUGCGAGAUGAGGCCCGUCGGCUCAAAUCGAUCCAAGAGAAAGAAUACACCCGCCAUGUUCAGGGCUUCAAGGCCAACUCUAAAGAGGAGCAGACAUUCCUCCAGAGGCAGCAACAGGAGCUGAAUGAGGCUUUGCAAAAAGCAGUGAAGGAGUACAAGAAGAAGGUUGCAGCCCAUGAAUGGGAGACUUUAACAAAGAUUCAGCAGCUUAAAAGAGCACGAGAAUCUGUGAUCUGGGAACUGGAACAGCGCCACCUGCAGGAGAAGUACCAUUUGUUCAAGCAACAAGAGAAGGAGCAAUUUUCCCUCCAGAGGCAACAGCUACUGAAGAAGCAUACAAAGGAGAAGGAACGGACAAAUCGUUACCAUCAGUUCCUGGUGGAUGAGCUGCGUACUCAACAAGCACAGGAGCGUUCACGACUGCCAAAGAACCAGCGCUAUGAUGCCAAAGCUCGACUGGCCCUUUUCAAGGAGAGCCUGAAAAUUCAAGGAGUCAGCAGUACAGAGCAAAGACAGCGCAUUGCAAAGUUCCUGGCAGAAGAAGAAGCUCGUCAGAAAGCAGAAAAAUCUCGUCAACAGGAAAACCAUGAGAAACAGAUGAAAGCACUCCAAGAGGAAUGCAGUAACAACAGCAGAGAACUGCAGCAACUUCAGAAUGAAAAGCUACAUAUGCUGGUGGAACUUGAAAAGAGGAAACUGAAAGCUCUAGAUGAGGAGCACAACAUGGAGUUGAAAGAAUGGAGAGACCGCUUAUCCAGCCGCAAGGAGGUGCUAGAGGAAGACCUGGCUCGACGGCGGAAAUUUAAAGAAAAAACGUCUCGGCGGAGCAGUGAGCAUGAGAGCCGCUCCAAUUACAGUCUAUCCCGUUUCUUUCCCAGCCUCAGCUUUUCGGAGUAGAAAACAUCAAAUCAAACCUAACUCCAAAACUUGUGUCUCAUUAUAUGAGUCUGGAUAUGCUGCACCUGCACCCUAUUAUCAAUUUUUUUAAUACUCACUUUAGAUAUGAUUACUAAAUUUAAAAAUGUUCAUAAUUUUGGUCUCAUCUAUUGUUGGAGAUGGACAUGUAGGGGGGGCUCCAUUAGCAGCGGUGUUAUUUUAACCAUUUUUUAUAUAUCAUUUUGAGAUAUCCUGUAUUUAUUUAUCCAGAGGGGAUUUAAUAAUACACAUGCAAGUACAAAUAAUCAUGAGUGUAAAGCAAAGUGCUCAGAAGGAAAAGGAAAAGGAUAAGGCAGCAAAAGCCCCAUCAAAGUCUAAAUCUGCCUCAAGUUCAUGGUACGGCCUCCCAGACAGGCGAAGGUACGGACCUGCCAGGACUGGACAUGGCAGCAUCGGCUCCAGCCGAGAGCAUUAGUGAAACUGCAAGUGAGGUGAGCAAAGAACAUUCGUCGACUCCAGGAGGAUCAUUGGAGCUGAACAUGGCCUUUUCAUCCCCACUGUCAACUUCAGUUAAUUUCCUCCGCAAGUCUGUGACAUCAUCUCCUACUAAAAAUGUUCGUAAUUCACUUUUGUAAAUAGCUAGAUUAACAUUGCGCUACCUGGAAAAAAUAGAAAAACCUUUAAUGUCCUAUAUUUUUUUAAUCUCAGAAAUAAAAUUUGAAGCUUGUAUUUGAUCAGGAAGCUGACUAAUAAUCAAAUUAAACAACACUCCUUUUUUUAAUUCAUGGCUGGAUAGAUCAUCUAUGGGUAAAGGGAAGAAGCAAAGGUUUACAUUUGUCCCUUAUUGAAAAAGUGGAAAAUUUGUCUUAUGAGUGGGUAUUACAUUAAAGCCCCUAAAUAAGUUAUCAUUUCA